UUGACCCCCGUCCUUCGCACAAGGAAUCCAUGGGUUCAAGCGGUCGACGGAGAUGGCUUAUCAGGCAUGCACACGUCCCAGCACUUCUGCAUCUCAGCUUGCCGUUUCGGACCUGCGGCGGCAUCUCAACUGGUCAUUGCACCCACGAUUCUCGUGUCCGAGCCGUCUUCCUCGCUGCAAAACCCUUCCUGCCUGGUCUCGUCCCCCGCUGAUAUCGUCAGAAGGUACUCGCGAUCAAUGAUACAUCUCGGCCGCAAGCUGCGCGAAUGCCUGGGUAUCACACCGAGAAGCGCUCGUGGCCGGGCCAUGUGUUUGUCUGCUAAGCUCUUAUCGUCUGGGAGACCCUGCGGGCCCGUUCCGUCGACCUCGCGUGCUGUGCAGGCCACAUAUGACUCGGCGGAAGAUGCAGAGAUGCUCUCGUCGCUCAUUCGAGCAGUCUGAGGCUGCGGGCAGCAUGCGGAAGAAGUUUGCUCGUUUAACUUCGACGCCGUCCGCUCUUACGAUACAGUCUGGGACAUAAAAGAGGGGAUUUGAAACUGCGGGGACAGUCGUCCUCUGGAGAUGUCUGCCGCCGCCGCCGCCGCCUCUGUCUUGUCGAUUCUCGCUUUCAGCGCCUCGGCGGCUGGAUUUGAUAUCAGUCGAAAUGACAAUUUGGCUGUAUACUGGGGCCAAAACUCGUAUGGCGUGACCAACCCCGGAAAUCCGUCGCAAUGGCAGCAGACGAUCUCGUCGUACUGCCAGGACGACGUCAUCGACAUCAUCCCCAUCGCCUUCCUCGACGUGUUCGUCUCGACCGGGGGGCUGCCCGAUCUCAACCUCGCCAAUAUCUGCAGCGCGACGGGCGGCACCUUCGCCGGCACAGGCCUGGCCGACUGCCAGUUCUUGGCGGCGGGGAUCGAGGCGUGCCAGGCCAGAGGGAAGAUCGUCACGCUCAGUCUCGGAGGCGCAAGCGGCGCCGCGUCGUUCAGCUCGGAUGCCCAGGGCACCGCAUUUGCGAACACGAUCUGGGACCUGUUCCUCGGCGGCAGCAGCAGCACGCGUCCAUUCGGGACCGCAGUCCUCGACGGCGUCGACCUCGACAUCGAGGGCGGCGGUCCGACGGGAUUUGCCGCGUUCGUGAACCAGAUCCGGGCCCUGGCCCAGGGUGCGAGCAAGCGCUACUACGUGACCGCGGCGCCGCAGUGCCCGUAUCCCGAUGCGUACAUCGGCGGUGCCUUGAAUGCCGCGUCCUUUGAUGCUGUAUUUGUGCAGUUCUACAACAACUACUGCGAGUUAACUGCCUAUCCCACCCAAUGGGACUUCGGGAGCUGGGACACCUGGGCGAAGACGGUCUCGCCCAAUCCCGACGUCAAGGUCUUCAUCGGCGCACCAGCCGCGCCGCGCGCCGCCAAGAACGGCUACGUGUCGGCGGCGGCACUGGGGUCCAUCGCGCUGGCUGCGCGGCAGCAGUACUCCAGUUUCGGCGGCGUCAUGCUGUGGGACGCGUCGCAGGCCUACGCGAACGGGCGAUUCGAUGCUGCGGUCAAGUCGCUCAUCGCUGAUACAUCUGGUGGCGCAUCCGGAACGACCAGUAGUACUACUAUCCACACGACGACGACUACUUCCACAGCGACCACGACCACGAUCUCGAAACCACCGACGACCACGACCACGACCACUUCGAGAACGACGACAACGACAACGACAACGACAACUACUUCCGCUACCUCAGGUAGCUGUGCUGGUGUCGCGGCAUGGAACGCUCAAUCGGCCUAUCAAGGCGGCUCGUUGGUGACUUCAGGCGGCCAUCUCUGGCAAGCAAAGUGGUGGUCCGAGGCUGACGUCCCCGGCGGGGCCGCAGGCGACUGGACUGAUCUCGGCCCGUGCACGAAUGCAGCAGCGCGCAUGCCCGCAACCGCAGUCAACGCCCAAGCGACGAGCGCUGCGAGGGCAGCCGAAACGGGGAGACGGCAUGGGAGAGAAUUCAAAUAUUAAUUAACGAGUAGUGCAAGUUCUUUGUAUGUACAGAUUAUCAGUAGCUCAACGGAGGGUGUCAGUCAUCAGUCCCUUGCCUCACAGGCACAGUCACACCAUCGCAUCAUGAUCAUCCUGGGUGAUCCAGCAACGACCCGCCGGCUCGACCGCCCCCGCGCGCCUUCGCCGCACAAAGCUCCCAGCGACCGCCCAAAAGUCGCUCCCGCCGCGACAUCCCCUGAGCCAGUCGCGCUGGUACGCGUGGAACGACGGGUCGAGCAUGACCAGCACGAACCGCACAUCGCCGAUCGCGAGCCGGGCGCCGAUGUCCGCGAGGGACCACUCCGGCGCGGUGUCGACGUGCAUGUUCACGAGGACCUCGAGCUGGGUGCACCCCGCGAGGACGCACAGCAGCUGCGCGCGGUGCACGAAGGAGUGCAGACACAGGUGCGUCAGCGCGGGAAGCGCCCCGAUGCCGCACAGGAGCUCGCUCUCGGGCUCGCGGUGGAUCCGGUCCAGGACAGACAGGUGCGUGAUCCGCUUGAACACCGCUGCGUGUCUCAAGUUCCGGAGGAUCUGCCCGUUGUCGAACAGCCGCGACAGGUUCACGCAGAACCGCCGCAGGUGCAGCUGCUUGCGCAGGCCCGGCAGCAGCGCCGGGCUGCCGCUCAUGAGCACGAGAUUCGUGAGGCUGAGACUGGCGCCAAGGACGAAUGAGACGUGGCGGGGCGGCCGGGGCGAGGCCGGAACGAAC